GCUUCAAUCUUGGGAGGGAGGGAGGGAGGGAGGGAGAGACCAACCUCCGCCAUAUCCCUCUCCCGGAGCCGCCAGGGGACGCUGAGGCCCGGCCUGGCCCUCCUCUGUCGACCGAGGCGGCGAUGGGCGACGCAGAGAGCUCUGCCUCGGAGGCGUCGGGCCCCACGAAGGCCCUGGCUGUCCCCGCCGUGGCUCCGGAGCCGCCUCCCUCCUCCUCCUCGCAGGCCUCGGCCUCCGAGGAAAGCGCGGCCUCCUCCGCCAGCGGCGCCUCGGCCUCGGCGGGGGCCAUGCCGACCCCCGCAGCCGCCACCGCCGCGCCUCCGCCUCCGCCGCCCCCGCUUCCCCUGCCGCCCGUCCCCGUGGUCUGGAGCCCCGAGGUGGAGGUGUGCCUCUUCCACGCCAUGCUGGGACACAAGCCCGUCGGUGUGAAUCGGCAUUUUCACAUGAUCUGUAUCCGAGACAAGUUCAGUCAAAAUAUUGGGAGACAGAUUUCUUCUAAAGUCAUUUGGGACCACUUGAGUACCAUGUACGACAUGCAAGCGCUACAUGAAUCCGAGAUUCUUCCCUUUCCCAACUCAGAAAAAAACUUCAUUCUCCCUGAAGAAAUUAUUCAAGAGGUAAAAGAAGGUAAAGUGAUGGCUGAAGAUGAUGUCAAAGAAGAAAUAAAAGAAGAGAUGGAAUCACAUGGAGGACCAGAAGAAGUAUAUGCAUCACUGGGAAGCCUGGCAAAAACAGCUGAAAAGCCAAGUGGCAAGGAGAAAGAGAGAAGCUCAUCUGAAUCUGGAUCCAAAGAAGGAUCAGAUAAAAGGAAGCGGAACAGAGUCACAGAGAAAGUCUUAAAUGCAAACAGCAAUCCUUCCAGUCCAAGUGCUGCAAAACGGCGCAGAACAUAAGCAGUAACAGAAGAAGACGGGAAUGUGUUUGAACUGUGAAAAGGUUUUGUGACAUCUAGCUAGUUAGCAUAAGGGGGAAAUGACUAAUAAGUGGGCAGGCUUUGUGAGGGAAAUGCGAGUUUCACUGUCUCCCUUCAGAACAGAUGGGUUGCUGUUCAGCAGGAAGAAGUUGGUAGUUUCAUCCUCAGAAUUUUGGAUGAGAGGUAGGCUGUAUGUUGACUGAGAAGGCCUGGUGGGGGCGGUUUUGGUUAACAUAUUAGUGCCACAUUGCAUAUUCAACUUCACUCCUAGACUGAACAUUUGUGGAAGUGAGGGAGCCACAGUCCUAAAACAGUUGAUUUCAGUUGUAGGUCAUUCUUGUGCCAUGAGGUUGAGUUACUAAUUUUGAUGACUGCAGUAUGGUUAUAUUCAGUAGUGUUUGUCUACCAACAGAAUAUAGCAGUACCUGUUCUUCCCUACAAAGUGCCCAUGCUUUAGAGAACUGGAGGACCUUCAAGCCAGUUUGGAAAGGUGCAAGAGGCUUGGAGUAGGGAUAGGAUGGCUACUUGUGUGACACUGGUGAGUUACUGUUCUAUGAGAAUUUACUAUACCAAAUACCAGUGAGUCUUCUUGAAAACUGCACAGGAUACAGACAGUCUGUAUAUGAAGAAGAAGAAUUUUCCUUGCUUCUGUUAUAAACAGUUUUGCCUUUCAGAAACUGGAGAACUAAAUUAUUUUGUCAGAUUGUAGAAGCAAAUCAAAGACAUUAGUAUGUAUUUCUGAAUAUAAUAGCUUAUCACAUUUCAUGAAAUCGAGCUGAAAAUCACUCGUCUCAAGUGAUAUAAACAGGAGGCUUUGCUUCAACUAUUUGUACUGUAUAAAUAUCCCACAUGAGUGGGAAGCUUUUGCCAGACUGGGAUAAUAAUGUAAAUACGUUUUUUAGAAUCCAUUAUUUAAUUUACUAGAAAAGUAUUAUUUUUGUCAGGAGUUCGUAAAUGGAGCUAAUGUUAAAAAUUGUAACUUUUGCAUUGAUUUCCUUCCAAAAGAAGUUUCAACUUCAAAACCAAGAUGUUGAAACCUUUAUUUCCUUUAUUGUUUCCCUGUCAUUGUCUUCAAGAUAUUGACCUGUUCCCUGAAAUGUAAUCUUAUUUUGUUGGACUUGGAAAACAUAUUUUUGUAAGAAAAACAAUAAAAAGAAAAGGAAUGAAGGUGGCUAAAAGUUGUCCA